CCCACAACAAACUUCAAAGUGGUUACUGUCAAGUUGAGUCGCGACGUUUCUCGUAUUAUAGAUAUCGAAAACGGACAGCUAUUUCCCACGCUGGAGUGGCUGUCACAGUCUAAAAUGGAUUAAAUCAUGCUGAUGGAGGAACAGAGCAGCUCUGGAGAAGAGGAGGGCUCUAGAGAGAAAGGUGUGCUCUACAGAUGGCAGGGUUAUUUCUGCAGGGUGACCCCAGAGAGACUGCUGCUGUCCAGGCCAGUGCUUCAUGCUGCGCUGGGGACUGUACAUGGACUCCUGCUGACAGAAGAUGGGCAUGUGUAUAGUUUUGGCGAGCAGCCAUGGAAGCAAGUCGAAUCUCAGCCUGCUGGCCCAGUUAUCGAGAGCACCCUGAUCGGUCAGCAUGUGAUCUCUGUGUCGGCAGGCAGCUAUCAUUGUUCUGCUGUAACGGAGGAUGGCCUCAUUUACAUGUGGGGGGAGAACUCUCACGGCCAGUGUGGCGUCUCUGGAAUGGACCAGGUAACCAGUCCCACUCCCGUUAAUGUGGUGGAUGGCGAGACUCAUCCUCCACAACUGGUCCGAGUCCUGAAUGUGGCCUGUGGAGCACAGCACACUCUGGCCCUGUCAAGAAAGCACGAGGUUUGGGCCUGGGGUAGUGGCUGCCAGCUUGGACUAGUUACCAACGUAUUCCCGGUAUGGGAACCCCAGAAAGUAGAGCAUCUUGUGGGAAGGUAUGUGGUUCAGAUCGCGUGUGGUGGGUUUCACAGCCUGGCUCUGGUUCAGAUUCUUUCUCCCCCAGAGUCCAGUCAGCAAGCUCAGGAUAAAUGUGGGCAGUGCAAGCAGAGCCGUUACACCAUGACUGACAAGGAUGACCAUGUUAUUAUCUCUGAUGAGCAUUACUGCCCACUCGGAGUGGAACUGAGUGAUUCUAAAGAAGGUCGAAGGUCAGGACAGAGCACUCCAGCACAGACACCACAAAGCAAAAACUCCUCGCCACCGCUGACCUCAAAGAACAUCUGCGAAGACCCAGUCGGAUCUCAGCAAAAUACUACAAGCCUGGAGGCUCAACCUGCUCCUGCUGUAUCUGAGACUGGACAUGCUCGCCUGCGACGAACCAAAAGCACUCCCUACCCUGAUGAGCAAGCUUUGAAAGACUACCUCAAAAGAAUUUCAGACCAGACCCUCGCUGAACAGGCCGAGGCCGCCUCUUUGGGAGGUUCCCAUCCUCCGAGUCGUCAAUCGUCACUUAAGUGUCCUUUCAUAUCAGACCAAAGUGAUGAGCUUACACUACGUCCCUCUUCCCCAGCACUGAUUAGAACUGAGAGUCUCACAGCUUCUGGCAGACAACGCUGUGCAUCAGAUAGUGUCACAGACCGGAAACACUCUCUUCAUUUAAUACCAACACUGGAUUCCACUUCUGACGAUUCUUCACAGCACUCAAGUGUGGAUGGAGGCGUUUGCAUCAGUGACCUCGUGCUUAGCAAUGGAUGUUUGUUUGAGUCCAGUGAGGAGAGAGGAGAGACUGCAGGAAUGGAUUUCUGUCCAGCGGAUCCUCUUCAAGGCAACAAGAGCACCAGUCUAACGGACAUCACGUUAGAGGAUGGUGAAGCACAUAAUCGAAGAGGGUCUUCAUCCGGCUUCUCUCCAGUGUCACCUUCUGGCGUUCAUCGAACCAAUUAUUCAAGAGCUGUAGUGGGUGCCAAGACUACCUCAGAAUCCAGAAAUCUGCUGCCUUCCCUCUACACCGAGGUGUGGAGUUGGGGGAGGGGCCAGGAAGGUCAGUUAGGUCAUGGAGACUACUUGCCCAGGUUACAGCCUCUCUGCAUCAAAAGCUUAAGUAAAAUGGAAGUUGUCAAGAUCACUGCUGGAGCGAAUCACUCCUUGGCACUGACAGCUCAAUGUCAGGUCUAUUCCUGGGGAAGUGACAAAUUUGGACAGCUGGGUCGUAUUAAUGCCCCCAGCACAGUUCCUAAUCUUACUAUGAUCUCAGAGGGUAUCCGUGUGUGGGAUGUGGCGGCAGGACAGACGCACACGUUGUUGCUGGCUGAUGGAGACCGUUAUCAGCCCAUACUGUACUACAGUGGAGAGCAGGUGCUGGAGAACGCUGACAGCACUCAUCCCCUCUCCGGGACCUACACCCAGACGCCCACCCUUCUCCCCUUCUGCAUGAAUAUUGGCUAUGUGAGCAAAGUGUUUGGGGGAGGACUAAAUUGUUUGGCCUUGGCGGAUCAGAACGCGAUGGGUUUCAUAGCUACAAUUCAUGAACUCGCUUCAGCAGAGAGGAAAUUCUACUGUGUUCUCAGUCAGGUGAAAAGCAAAAUCCUGAGCCCCCUGCUAGCUCGUGCAAGUUUGGCCUUGUCUCUGGGUCAGUCCUCCAUGUUGCUCUUUCAAGAGUUGGCUGGUAGUUUCAGCAAGCUUUGCCAUCUAACAGGACAGCACUCAGUAUCCCUCACCAACUUUCUGCAGCGAGGCAAAAUGAUCAAAACACUGGUCUUGAUCAAAAACACAACCAUCUUCAUGGACACAUAUAAGGAGUACAGCGAUCCAGUAGGAAACUUUCUUGUUAUGGGAGGAUUCCUUUCAUUGCUGAAGCCCUCACAAGAGUGCUUUGGGAAAAAACUGGAGUUGUUACAGUCUCUGCUAGAGUCCAAGGAGAAGAACGCAGCACCCUAUGAUUUGUUAGUCAACUUGUUUUAUAUGCCCUUGCAGCACCUGCAUGGGUAUAACAGAUUACUCCUGAAACUAGCCCACUGCUUUGAAGUGAACACUGAGGAAUAUGAAUGGAUUCAGAAUGGCUGCUCCAAAUAUGAAGAUUUAGCUUGCUUUGUUAGCAAGCAGAGAAGAGAUGCUGAGGCCACUUUCAAUUUCUGGAAGAACUUCAAAGGAAAGAAUUCGGAAUCCCUGCGUAAGCCGUCUCGUCGUCUGGUUUGUGAGAGCAGUAAUAAAUCUCUGACGUUACAGAACGCUGGACGAUUCUCUGCCAGCUGGUUCAUCCUCUUCAGUGAUGUGCUGGUUCAUGCACAGGGCACUAUUCCAUCAAAGAAGCUUUUCUCAUCUCAUUAUAUAUAUCCACUUGCUACACUCUGGGUGGAGCCCAUCUCAGAUGAAAGUAUGAGCCUACAUGGCCUUAAGCUGACUACGCCUGAAGAUAGCUUUGUUGUUCUGGCAACGUCUCCUUUGGAAAAGGGAAAGUGGCUGAGAGCUAUUAACCAGGCCAUUGAGGACGUGCUUGCUGUAGGUCUGAACGGGAGGACACGUGUGUCUAGAAGCAGCCAGAAAGGUGAACCUCCUGUGUCACGUACUUCCAGCUACACUUUCAGCAAAGAGGGCCGACUCAAAGAUGCAACGUACGAGGGCCGCUGGCUGUCAGGCAAACCUCACGGCAAAGGGACUCUGAAGUGGCCAGAUGGGACAGUUUACUGUGGCACAUUCAAGAAUGGGUUGGAGGAUGGAUUUGGAGAUUUUAUGAUGCCCAACACGACUCUCAACAAGUUUGAGCGUUACCAAGGUCACUGGAAGGAAGGGAAAAUACAUGGCUUUGGCACAUUUUGGUAUGCUUCAGGUGAGGUAUACGAGGGCUCAUUCAGGGACAACAUGCGUCAUGGUCACGGCAUGUUACGGAGUGGAAAGUUGGCCUCUCCUUCCUCCAGUAGUGUGUUUGUGGGUCAGUGGGUUCAAGGGAAAAGAACAGGCUAUGGAGUGUGCGAUGACUUCAGCAGAGGAGAGAAGUACAUGGGAAUGUGGCUCGAUGAUCAGCGUCAUGGAGACGGAGUCGUUAUCACUCAGUUUGGAUUGUAUUAUGAAGGAAACUUCUGUAGUAACAAGAUGAUGAGCAAUGGGACUCUUCUCUGUGAUGAUGACACUGUCUUUGAGGGCGAGUUUUCAGAAGACUGGACUCUUUGUGGAAAGGGCGUUCUGUUCAUGCCUAAUGGUGACUCUUUGGAUGGGGUCUUUGACGGUCACUGGGGAGCCGGUCUGAGAGUGGCUGGAACUUUUACAAAACCUUUUGAAGCUUUGAGGAUAGAAAGAAAGAUACCUGUGGCUGGUCAACACGCAGUGCCUGCAGAAGAAAAGUGGAAGGCAGUGUUUGAUGAAUGCUGGAGUCGAUUAGGCUGUGAAACUCCCGGUGAAGGACUGCAUGAGAAAGCCUGGGAGAACAUUGCCAUCGCCCUCACUGCCAGACACAGGCAACAGAGAUUUCGUCCAGAGGAGCUGAGCCGAUCUCAGACUAAGAUGCUGGAGAGUCUUGAGGUGAUUCCUAAUGUGGACCCUGUUACUGCAGACUCCUACAACAACAUCCGUCGGUAUCUCUUAAAGGCCUGUGAUACCCCUCAUCAUCCCCUGGGCUGGCUGCUGGAGACCCUUGUGACUGUGUACAGGAUGACCUAUGUUGGUGUGGGCUCCAAUAGACGCCUCUUACAGCAGGCAGUGGAGGAGAUCCAGUCGUACCUAACACGCAUAUUUCAAAUAGUCAGAUUUCUGUUUCCUGGUCUCCCUGAAGAUGGAGGUUUUAUUCUGGAUUCCUCCAGCUCCUCAGAUGAGGGCACAGACUCUCUUAACAGCAGUACACACUCAGAAACUCCACAGCAGGGUUGGAUAGUGAGCAGCUCAAGUCUUCUCCUGCCGGUGUUGCUGCCGAGGCUUUACCCUCCUCUCUUCACUCUCUACACACUAGAGAAAGAGAAAGAGGAGGAGGUGUACUGGAACUGUGUGUUAAGACUCAACAAACAGCCUGAUCUUGCUCUUCUAGCCUUUCUUGGAGUACAAGAAAAGUUCUGUCCAGUUUCUAUCUCUGUAUUGGGCGAGAUAAAGCAGGUCUUGCCAAGUACUAAAGAUGCCUGCUUUGCCACUGCUGUUGAAACCCUGCAACAAAUCAGCACAGCAUUCACUCCCUCAGACAAGUUGCAGGUGAUACAGCUGACCUUUGAGGAGGUCACGCAGGACGUGCAGGCCCUGCUUGGGCAAGAUUUCCUGUGGUGCAUGGAUGACCUCUUUCCAAUCUUCCUUUAUGUGGUGCUCCGUGCUCGGAUCAGAAACCUGGGCUCUGAAGUGAGUCUGAUAGAGGACCUUACAGACAGCAGUCUACAGCUGGGACAGCUUGGAUUCAUGCUGACAACUCUUAAAGCCUGCUACAACCAGAUUCAGGUUGAGAAGACGACAUAGGAGGGGUUGGUUUGUGAGCGGCGCAGCCACAGCUUUGCCAAUUUGCGCACAGUCUUACGGAGUAGGUGUCAUUUAAAUAGACACGGAUUACAGGUCAAAUCAAGAUGUGUUCUUUUAUUUCAGGUCUCAAAAAUAAGCUCACUUUCCACUCAUCUUCCUUAAGCACUGUUCUACAGUAAUUACUGUAAGUUGUUAUAACUUUUGAGACUCUCAUAUUGACCAUUUGACUUACAGUAAAGUUACCCGUUGAAAAAAAAAAAAUGUACAUUUCAACACCCAUAUUACCUGGACAGAAAAGAGACUUUUUCUGUUUUAUACAUGAUAGCACAAUAAGCACUCAGUAAUAACUGACACUUAUUACUAUAUGUAAUAUUCUGUAUCAGUCAGUCUAGCUUAUGUACUGAUACUCAAACUAAUGAUGAUGAUGAUGCUCUGAUUUUAAUGUAGUUAGAUGAAACUAUGUGAUUGUAUCAGAGCAGUGCUUAUAUAUGGCACAGAAAAACAAGGAGGGUUUUUGAAUGAAUGAGCUCAACUUAUAUAUAUAUAUACACCGUAUAUAGAACUAAUAAACUAAAAUCACCCUCAUUUAUAUAAGCAACAUCAAUAAAAAGAAGUAUUUAAAUACUUUGCUAUUGAAAACCAAAACAUACAUAAACUACUGUUGAAACAUUUGGGGUCAGUAAUUUUUUAUGUUUUUGCAAGAAGGUAGCGUGUAUUUCAUCAACAUAUUGUAAAAACAGUUAUAUUAUUUAAAUUGAACUUUUUUCUGUUAUGUAAUUUAUUUCUGUUUUGCAAAAUUGAAUUCUUCAGUGUCACAUGAUCCUUCAGAAUUCAUUUUAAUAUGCUGAUUUGCUGCUUAAGAACAAUUUAAUAUUAUUAUCAGUGCUGAAACAUGCUGCCUAAUUCUUUUUAGGAUUUUUGAUGAAUAGAAAGUUCAAAAGAAGAGAAUUUAUUUAAAAAUAGAAAUCUUAGGAAUACUGUUGAAAUUUUUAUUGUCACUUUUAAUUAAUUUAAUGCAUCCUUGUUGAGUAAAAGUUUUCAUUUCUUUCAAAACUUCUUACUGAUCCCAAACUUUUGAAUGGUAGUGUAGAGUAAAUAAAUGAUCUUUCUGAAGAAACUUUUUUUAUUAUCAAUGCUUUAGGAAAUUCACAAAUACAUCAGGCUUUCCAGUGCUACUUAAAGGAGUAGUCCAGAACAAAAAUUUACAGAUAAUGUACUCACCCUAUUGUCAUCCAAUAUGUUCAUGUCUUUCCUUCUUCAGUCAUAAAGAAAUUGUUUUUUAAGAAAAAAAUCAGGAAUUAUCUCCAUAUAGUGACUUCAAUGGUGCCUGCGAGUUUGAACUUCCAAAAGUAGUUUCACUACAUAAGACCAUUAUUUUUCAUCUGAGAUCGUUUAAAGCCCUUUAAAACUGCAUUUAAUCUGCGUUUUGGAAGUUCAAACUCACGGGCACCAUUGAUGGUGGAGAGAUAUGGAUAUGAUAUGGAGAGAAAUCCUGAAAUGUUUUCCUCGAAAAACAUAAUUUCUUUACAGCUGAAGAAAGAAAGACAUGAACAUCUUGGAUGACAACAUGAUGACAAUUUUUGUUCUAGAAGUGAACUACUCCUUUAAGUGGAACUUACUUAAGGAGGACAUGUGUUAUUAUUUGAUUAAUUUGCACUGUUGAAAAAGCAGUUUUUAGAAAACGUAGCUUGUUACUGCCAAAAGGUUUGAAAGCAGUUACUUUCACCCUACUGAAAAAAUGUAGACAAGUUUAUAGUAUCGCUACAUUUAACUUGUAAUCAAUGCUAAAGAAUCUGAUAGCUGCAUCCCUAGUAGUAAGUAUCUAUUGCACAUUACACAGGGUUGAAGUGUUUUUAAAUACAUUCGAAGUCUUGCAAUGUAGGUUUUAUAAAGUGCAGGUAGAGAUUUGUGAUAUAAUGGUGUUAUUAAAGCCCCUAGAUGUAAAGGUGACUUGCAGUGGUGAACAAAUAAUGUAGUUCCUAAUUGAACAAUAUAUUGUGAUGUAUUUUAAAAUGUACCUUUAUCUGUGUAACUUUGAAACACCGUGGAUAUUCUGAGAGAAGUGGUUUCCAUUUCCGCAUGACAGCACAUUGACAUAAGGCUUUUCACUGUAUUCAAUUUGAUUUAGCUGUAAUUAUAUUAUCUAGUCUUAUCAAAGUGUACCAGAGGGAAUUUAAGAUAUUUUCUAUAUAUAUAUAUAUAUAUUUUAUAGCUAAUACACUGAAGACUGAAUUCAUAUUUUUAAUGCAUUUUUGCCAUUGACUGAAAAUGUGGCAUUGAACACUAUGCAAUAAGGGAAUAAUAAGUUAAAUGUCAGGGCCCCUAAAGGACCUCAGAGUGUAGUAUUUUGCACUGGCAAUAGUAGCAAUAACUUUUACAUUUUGCUUGUUUCACGAAUGCCUUUAUUCAUGAAUGAACUUAUUUCACUUAUAUCAAACCGAUCAAGAGCUUGUAUAAAGUACUGUGUGUGUCUGUGUGUGUGUGCUUUCCUCUAAUUGCAUCUUUUGUACAUUUGAACAUGCACUGAAAGAGUUCUGCUAAUGUCGCACAGCCUUGUGAGAUCUUGUUGGAUGAUGGUUUUUAAUGACUGAUUUGCAAUAUCUAGAGAGUAGGAUGGCUCAGCGUUUAUAUACAGUGUAUGAAUUGCUAAUAAGAAAUUAAACAAACAAUAACUUUACGCAAUAAUUUGCUUAAAAUUCUCAAAAAUCUUGAAUGUUGAAAACCAACCAAUUAUUAGCUGGUGCCAUUAUUCGCAAAUUGUAUUACUGUCUGAUUAAUCAAACUCCCAGUGUUUUGGUUUUGUCACAGUUAGGUCAUUGUCAUUGGCUAGGCUGGUUACUAAAGCAUUGCUUAUGAAGAUCAUGAAGACAACAGCACCUUUACUGAUAAAUAUAAAGGCUUUUUUUAAAUAAAGUUACUGGUUUUGAUAAAUUACUGUCAUUGUUGAUCUAAAUGUUACUGUCACCUUGAAAAUUAAUUUGUACAACACAGUUUGACAACACAAUUUGUACAAUUGAAGUCACAUGAAAAAAGCAAUGAAUUAACUGUUUUUU